CGCGACCGCCGCUAGAGAUGGACGGGUCCGCGCGCGCGUUCGUUUUCGCACUUGCGGCGUUCACGCUCGUGGUAGCGCGCGCUCAUAUGACGCCUCCUUCCCAUGAUAACAUACUACGGAUACAGCUGUGGGACGCUGAAGGGCUCAGCCGGGAAUCCGUUACUAUGGAAACUCCUACGACCGUUAAACGUCAAAAAUUAAAAGUUAACUUGGACACUUUGUACGAUGCGAUGAUGGGAGAUGAGUAUCACGGCACUGAAAGGUUUGCGAGGCACAAAGUGAGACAUAAGAGACGAAGACCUCGGCAAAGCGGGACUGACCUACCAUGGAGGUUCCACUCGGGCUCAGGACUGACGAACGUGGAGGUGUUUAAUUACGAUGUGCCCUGGGACGUGAUAGAGGAUAAAUAUUCUGGAAGCGUGAUUGCAAGUGCUGUGAGUGAUUCGAGUGCCCCAGUGAAUGUGGAGAGGGAUGUGUCGCCGCCGAUGACUUUGCGCCAAGACGAGGAGGACGAGGAAGUCAAGAAACAAUUGCCUGUGGUACCAAAAUGCUGUGCGAGUGGCCAAAAUCUCUCUAUAUCAUUUGAAGAUGGAAAAUUGAAGUCAGUCUGUUCUCGAUCCACGCUAACUUUUCAACCGAUUUUCCAUAAAGCCAACGAAACACACAUUUGGAGCUAUGAUAGCAACGUAUUUGAGACGAUCGUUGGAAACCCCUGUACUUACGAUAGAUAUAAACUAGAACCUGAUAAAUUUAGCAAAGAUGAAUUUUAUCUUUUGUUCAAUGGUUCUUUAUUCGUACCAUUUAGUCAACCACCUCUUCUUGGUACUAGAGAUUUUUGUAUGGAAACAUUCUGGAAUGAAUCUUACCCAGCAGGAAUUACACUUCCAUUAGUCUGUUUUACAUCUCCUAUAGAAGAAGCGCAUACUUCUGCUACUCUUAUUGCUUAUGCUGUGGGUCUUAUAAUAUCAGUACCAUUUCUAAUAGUCACGGCAUGCGUUUAUAUAUUCAUCAAUGAAUUGAGGGACACCCAUGGUAAAGCAUUAGCUUGCCACUCUAUUUGUCUUGCGAUAGCAUUUAGCUGCUUAGCUGCUACACAGUUAGCUGGCCACGCAUUUCCAGCGACAGCUUGUAACAUAAUGGCGUAUCUCAUCCAGUUUUCAUUUGUAUCUUGCUUCUUUUGGCUGAAUGUUAUGUGUUUUGACACUUACUUAAAUGUACGUCGCUACAUACAUGCAUCAGUAACUCGAAGAAGUAUGAGACGUCGGUUUGCUUGGUACUGCGCAUACGCUAUAUUAUUCCCUGUAAUCUUGCUGAUUGUUACGAUUACAAUGGACUUAUCGCCAGCUGUACCGAGUACUUAUUUGAAACCCAAUUUUGGUGUAAAGGGAUGUUGGUUUAAGACGGAUCAAGCGGCGUUGCCCUAUUUCUACGGGCCUGUGGCGGUCAUUCUCUUUAGCAAUCUCGUCAUCUUUUUAUUUACAUCACGAGCUUUCGCCAAACAUUACGACAAACUCAAGGAUGUCACGCCGUUAGAUAUAGCGCAUUCAGACUUCAGUACAACAGAUGAUUGGGUGAGACUCGGAACUGUUCUGGGCCAGCCUGUGACAGUACAAGAGAGAUCAACUCCACCGCCGCGCGAGACACAGGUCAACUUCAAUCAAAGACUUAAGAAGUAUAAGAAGAUAUUCCGCACCUGCUGUCUUCUAUCGGUAAUCAUGGGCCUAUCCUGGGUGUUGGAGGUGGUGUCCUGGGCUGCAGGAGCAGGCACGGCAGCUGUUUCUGUGUGGUCUAUUUUCGAUCUAAUUAACGCCUUGCAGGGAGUCGUCAUAUUCGCCAUAUUCGUCCUGCAGCAACCCGUCCGUUCUUUCAUUAAGUUGUCAAAAUUGUGCGAAACCUGUAGAAGAAAAAAAAACGGUUCAGAGGUAUCAGUAGUAAGUGACAGAAAUAGUAUCGACUGCGGGCCAGGCCGGAGGGACUACGUUUAGUGUGUGAUUACAAUGAACUAUGGAAUUGGACCAUUUGUAUGGAAUAAAUCAAUGUGAGCGACACCGAGACUGAAACCAGUAGCAGUAUUAUCCAUUGGUUGGAUUUUAGGGUACGCCAUCAAAUGCAGUUUUGGUGUAUGGAAAUUUUGGGACCCAUUUCUUUUAUUUUCUUUAUAUAUGCGAUUGUAGAUGUUGUUUGAUGAUUUUGGGAACCAUUUGUGUGAAUUUGUGAUUGUAUAUUAUAUGCGUUUGUUUCAAAACUAAUUCGUAUUCCUUGCGGUCUUUGAACUUAAUAUAUAUCAGCAAAUUCAUCUAUCAUUUUGAAUUGUUAUUCGUUAAAAAAAUCACAAUCUGCAUUUGAUUUUAAGCCGAAAUGAAGUCUUACAUUCGAGAAAAACAUAUAAUAAAUCAACUAAAUCAAAAUGUUAUUCCUGUGAUACACCUUAAAUUGUUUAUUUGCAUAUUCACCGUAUUUUCACGAUUACUUAUACUGUUUUCGCAAAGUUCCUCAAGAAAUGGCCCAGAAAGAGUAAAGUUUGUGAUAAAGCGCAUUGUUCCUCUGAAUAGUAAUAUGUUUAUGAAACAAUGCGUGCCAGGUAAAUGGACCAAGAGAAUAAUUUGUAUUUGUUUCCAGACCAGGUAAGAAAAUAACAAUGAAAAAGGUAAUUCCGUUUCAUAAUAAAUUUCUGCAUUAUUUAAUCCUUUGAAAAUAUAGCAUUUUUCUUUUCAAUUAAUUUUAUAAUAUAACAAGUUGACUACAAUGAAGUCUUUGUUUGAUAUUUGAUAUAUUCUCUCUUAAUGUUUUGUAACCAAAUGAAUUAAAAUUCUUCUCAUACGCGACAUAUAUAGUUGUUUUCCUUAUCUGAGGCUAUUUCUGCUGGCUUUCGUGAGGCCUUCAUAAUAACUAAACGAAAUAUUAAAUUAUUUUCUUAGAUUAUAAUAGUUUAUACUUAUAUAUCUUAUACAUCAUUGUACGUCUUCACUAUAACAUUACUAAUGUACUUUUGUUCCUAUAUCUGUUACUAAUUCAAACGUAUGCACAAUUAAAUAAAUUGCUUUGUGUAAUAAGUAGCUGAAUGUUUCGUUGAAGUUACCGAUUGUUGCGUUAGGCCAUGAAAAUACACUUGGGCGUAACUUCACUAUAAUGUAGCGUAGGUAUAAUACAAUAUCACUAUGUAAAUUUAUCUAAGUAAUAACUCUGAUAGGUGAAGAUAUGACUAAAUUACAAUAUCAAUUUGAUUGUUUAUUAAUUAACUAAUAUCCAAGUAAAAUAGUUGUUAUCUAUCUCUUUAAAGUUCAGAUUGCAGACAUAUUUAUUUAAACAGAUGUAGAUUGAAUGAGUUACGCCUAAGUGGUUAGUGGACCUUACCGCUUGUUGUAACUAAUUGUUAAUAUUAAUUGUAAGGAAAUACAUAUUUUUAUAAAUAAGAACCCGUGACCAAGAUGUUAAUGGUUCUAGUGUUUAAGAGCAAAUGGAGUCCCUUUUGUUUAGAUUUAGGACUUUAUAAGACAACUUUAGUGCCAUAAAGGUAGGUUAUACUAGAAAAUGUAUGGUGCGAUUAAUUUCCUUUGUGAGAGCUAGUCAUAAUAUUGUAAUUAACGAACGCCGUAAGAAAUACGUAGGUGUAAAAGUUAUAAUUUAUUUUUAUUAUUAUAUUAAAUUAUGAUAUAAUUAGUAUUUAUUUAGAUUUAAAUAAACUGAAAUUGCGUUAUGAUUUAAUUAUUAAUAGCUAAUAUAAUUGUUUGUUAGCUUUAAUAAAGAAUGUGGUUUUGGUAACUGAUUUUAGUUGAGUUUUACAUGUUCAUGUAUUUUUUUAUAAUAUCGUGAUUUUUUUAUUCAUUGUAUAUUUACAGACUAUUAAUGUGUAUUUAUGCAUGAACAAAUUUAUUAUACGUACCAUUACCAACUUAUUAUACAUUAAUUUAAUAUUGUAGUGUAAUUAUUUCAUCAUCUUUACGAACUAAAACAAUUGGUGUAGCUUUUAUAUUUACAUUAUUUGUUUUUUAUUUAGACUUUAUUUUAUUAUGUAUAACGUUUAAUCUUCGAUGGCUUCUUCGCUCUUUGGUAUUUAAAUUGUACAACCAAAGAAUUAUUUCGUUGAUGAUUUUAUUUAAUAAUAUCAUUAUAUCAUAUUUUCCAUGAAUUGGAAUAAAAUUAAAGAAGGCUCCACGACAAUAAUUAGAUUUGUAACUUCGUGAACCAUUAUAAAUUAUUUUAGAUUUUCAUUUAUUAAACAAAAUUAUUUAUUUAUUGUGAAUAAUAUCGAAUAUGUUACUAUGUCGUUUCGUUUAUAUGACACUGUAAACUGUCUGUGUAUUUUUGUUUUAUAUAAGUGGAAAUAUAAAUGUGUACCUAUGUAAUAUAGCAUUGUUAAAUGUUGCGGAAUUUUUAAGUGAAAUGACGAUUUAAAAUGAUGUAUAUUUGUCUAUUUUGCAAAACAUGACGUUAAAUAA